CCAAUUCAAAGGGAGAUCGAGGAUCCCAGUCCAGAGACCCAUUUUAGUUCAACACACCUUGAGCCAGCUUAUUCCUUCAUCCAACUCAAACAAACUAAAAAAAAAAAAAACAACGAAUAGACCCUACAAAAAGAAGCCUGAUUUGGACAUCUGUGAUUUUCCACCAUGGUACUGUGUUCUCAUAAUGGAUUGUUAGUGAUGCUGCUGUUUCAUCUUUGCCAGGCACAAGAUGAUGCUCUCCCCUCUCCUGACCCCGAGCCAGCCCCACCAAGCCUGGGUGAAAUGAUUGAUGCAGUGAAGGCAGCCUUUGAGCAGGCGGUACAGAUCUCAACAACCGGUACCGUACGCGAGGCCUUGGAGCAGGUUGUAGGUGAACUCGUGCCACAGAAGACUCAGGCAGAGCAGUCACCAGCGGUUGAGACCAAAGCAGAUUAUACAACAGAAGAAGCAGCUAAAGAGGAGGCAGUAGUGCUCACUGCUGGAGAACCGGAUGUCCUUAUGUCAGAAUCAAGUAAACAGACAUCUCAGCAACCAGCUCAAGAAGGACUGACUCAAGAUACAGAACCUGCAGAGGAGAUUCAAGGACUAGCCAAGUCAUCAAUUUCAAAGCCAGAAGAGAAGUCCGAAGAGAAACCAGUGGAGCUGGUUCUUGAGACAGUGGAAUCAAUUUUGCAAGAACAUGACAUUGCUGAAGUGGGUAAACCAAUGGCAGAGGAAAGCCAUUCAGAGAAAUCAACCGUCCAGCUGUAUACUGAUACACAAAAAGAAAACGAAUCAGAAAGAGGAGCUGUGGAAAUGAACAAGGGAAGCAAGGAGGCUGAAGACGAAGAUUUAGAAGACCCAGAAAAGGGAUUUAUUGAAAAAGAGCCUCAGUUGUCUGAAAUGGAGGAAAAGACUGCAAAAGGGGAACUAGAGAACGUAGAGGUGCCAAUAGAGGUUAAAGUACAAGCACCAGAAGAAGAAGACUCUGUGAAAAGGCAAGAUACAGAAUGGGCUACGGAAUCAGAGCAUAGUCAAGAGGAAUGGCAGGCAGUAACAGCACAGAUGGGUACAGAUGGUGGUGUGGCUGAUAUGGAUGAAGUAGAACAGGAAGAGGAAGAACAGGAAGUAGCAAAGACUCAAGAAGGUGUGACUGAAGUUAAAGCAAGAAGAGAGGAGGUAGAUUCCAGAUCUGAGGCACAGCUCCAGAAAGUUUCAACACAGGAGGAGGUUCCCCCAUCCGCCAAAACAGUUCCAGAGGAAACUCAACAGGAACCCGGUAAGACAGAUUUUACAGGUAAAGCACAUGAGUCCAGUGAUGUAAAUGAGAUUAUCACCUCCAGGGACCCAAACAAGAAUAAUCAUGGUGUGCCUGUUUUGAUGAACACUGUUGAGGAGCUUCCACCAACACCAGAUCUCAAACUGAGACUCGAAGAUACUGACGCACCCAUGGACUCUACACGUAUGCCAGCUACAUGA